UUAUUCUUAAUGAUAGUUAAUAAUAUACAACAAUAUGAAAUUCAACAACUUUCUAAUUUAACUUUAAUCAAAACGUUCAUUGGGUUACACCUUAUAUACCAGUUUCUAUUUUUUUUUUGCUCUUCUAAUUGUAACUAUUAAUUUGAUUAUUCUGUUUCAAUUUCUUUGAACAAUGUUUACAAUGUUUCAAAUUUUCUUGUGAAUUUGCUGGUUACAUAUUGAAGAGUACAUGUUACACAACAACGGUAACAAUUAACUAAUUCAUUAAACAAUUAACGUGAACAAAGUACCAACAAGUAGCAGCAGAUCAAUGUUUUAACCUUAACCUUGAUCUUGAUUGAAUGUUAACUUGUUCCUUUAGGUAUUCAAAUAUAUAUAUAAUAAUACGUAAGGUGAAUACUAUUUGAAUUGUGAAUUAAUUUCCAUACUAAUUAUGAUGGAAUCAAUUGAAUCAGGAUGUCAACAAUCAAAUGAACCUUUGGAGAGUGUAAAACGCUGCAAUAAGAAGCCGCUCAUUGACACGGAGUUCGUCAAUUAUCGAUAUGGAUUGUUGAGAAUCGCUCAAGCGGUCAUUUCUGUACUUUGGCUUAUGUUGAUUUACGCUCGAGAUGCAACAAUUAAUGAACAAUCAACUGAUUGCUGUUGGCUGUUAUCCUCAUCUACACCUUAUGGUCAAUCAGUACGAAUCAUGUUAAUUAUAUUAACAAUUUAUUCAUUAUCAUCAAUAUUAGUUUUCUGUUUCCGUUUAACUGAACCAUUAGAUUCAUCGUGUAUCAAUUUACCGUUAACUUUUUGUGUAUUUGAAACAAUUGGAUCAGUUUUUUUCUUGAUUACAAGUUCAUUCAUACUAAUUGUGAUUAAUUGUUAUCCAUUGGCUUUUUUAUUAUCAAUAUUUGGAUUCGCUGGGUCAUUUGCAUUUGGUUACGAUGCUAAAAUAUCAUAUUCUUGGUUCCAUUCUGACAUUUGCAUAACUAAAGUUUGGUGAUCAAUUGAUUGUAAUCAAUUUAUUACAACGAAAACUCAAUCAACCUAAAUCAUUACUGUUAACCCAUUAAAUUGAUUAUCACUGUAAAAGAUAUUGUAACAUAAUAUUAAUAAUAUAAAUCAAUUGUCAUGUUUUCAACAAUUAACUGAUUAAAAGCAUUUUCUUUCGCGA